AUGUUGCAAAGAACCAUCCUCCGCGCCUCAAGACAGCAGGCUGCCCGCUCAAUACGGCCUUUUGCGCCACUACGUCAACAAGCACCCAUCACAAGAGCAGUAGCCACACCUGCCAUUCGAUGGUACUCGGAUGCUGCACCGGCGAAGGAGGGAGAGGCCGCUGAAAAGAAGGAGGAAGCGCCCGCAGAGAACAACGAGGCAACACAAUUGAAGGAACAGCUGGAGAAGAAGGACAAGGAAAUUGUCGACCUCAAGGACAAAUAUCUCCGCUCAGUCGCCGACUUCCGCAAUCUCCAAGAACGCACACAACGUGAAAUCAAGGCCGCCAAAGACUUCGCCAUCCAGCGCUUCGCCCGCGACCUUGUAGAGUCCGUUGACAACCUUGACCGCGCCCUGGGCACCGUCCCAGCAGAGAAGCUCAAGUCGGACAACACCGACCUCAUCGCUCUCCACGACGGUAUCAAGAUGACCGACACUAUCCUCAUCAACACGCUGAAGAAGCACGGCUUGGAGCGAUUCGACCCCAGCGAGACGGCAGAGAAGUUCGACCCAAACAUUCACGAGGCUGUUUUCCAGGCGCCGCAGCCGGACAAGGAGGAUGGCACUUGCUUCCACACACAGCAGAAGGGCUUCAAGCUCAACGGAAGGACACUACGACCGGCCAAGGUUGGCGUUGUAAAGAACGCCUAA